GGACCUGGACUCGGUUAAGGGCCGGGACAUCGGGUUCGAGGCCAAGAAGUGAUGACGCACGGGGAGGUCUGAGAGGCCAUUCUGGCGGCUUAAAUCCCCCGGGCCAUCCGCCUGCUCCGGGGCCCUUUCUGGCAUCGCGGCAGUUUUCCCUGGACUGUGGUGUAUCUCAGGACUCCGUGUGCUUCGCCGGAAGUCAGAAGUAAGGAAAUGAGUCCAUUCAAGAACUCAGUGACUUUUAAAGACGUGGCUGUGAUAUUCACCGAGGAAGAACUGGGACUCCUAGAUCCCCUGCAGAAGAAGCUGUACCGAGAUGUGAUGGUGGAGAACUUCAGAAACCUGGUGUCACUAGGAGGCAAAAGCCCGAAGGGGAUGGAGAGUGCUCCACAAGCCGAGCACCAGCAGGAGCUUUCUUGCUGGGAAAUCUGGCAACAAAUCUCAAGUGACUUAGCCAGGUGCCAAGACUCCCCAAUAAAAAGUUCCGCGUUCCAGGAGGAGAAUGUGGCGUGCCAGGUUGGGACGGGGUUAUCAGUUUCUCACUCAUCAGAGAAACCUUAUCAGAUCCAUGAAUGUACAAAAAGCUCCACUGAUGUCUCCAGCUGUGAUCUUCGCCAGCAAAUGCACUCUGGGGAGAAGUCUCACGCAUGCAGUGAGUGUGGGAAAAGCUUCCGUUAUAGAGCAGGUCUUCACAACCACCAGAGAAUUCACAUGGGAGGGAACUGCUUUAUGUGUGUUGAAUGCGGUAAGGGCUUUAGUCAGAGCUCACAUCUGCAAACUCACCAGAAAGUCCACGCUGCUGAGAAACCACACAAAUGUGAAAAAUGUGGGAAAGUCUUCAAUCGUAAAUCAGCACUUACCGUACACUACAAAAUCCACACAGGAGAGAAACCGUACAGUUGCAAGGAAUGUGGGAGGGCUUUCAUUCAUUCUUCCUAUCUUCAGGAGCAUCAGAGAAUCCACACUGGAGAGAAACCAUUCAAAUGUGGGACAUGUGGUAAAAACUUCCGUCGUAGAUCUGCCCUUAAUAAUCAUUGCCGGGUCCACACAGGAGAAAAACCAUACAAAUGUGAGGAGUGUGGAAAAGGAUUCACUUGUAGCUCAAACCUUUAUAUUCAUCAGAGAGUUCACACAGGAGAGAAGCCUUAUAAAUGUGAGCAGUGUGGUAAGAGCUUCAUUCAGCCUUCACAGUUUCAGGCUCAUCAGGGAAUCCACACUGGAGAGAAAGCAUACAUCUGUAAAGUGUGUGGGAAGGGCUUCAUUUACAGUUCAAGUUUUCAAGCCCAUCAGAGAAUCCACACUGGAGAGAAGCCAUAUAAAUGUGAGGAAUGCGGGAAGAGCUUUAGGAUGAAAAUUCAUUAUAAAGUUCACCUGGUGGUCCACUCGGGAGAAAAACCCUAUCAAUGUGAUGUAUGUGGGAAGUGCUUCCGUCAGAGUUCAUAUCUUAAAAUCCAUCACAGAGCUCAUUAUGUAGAGAAACCUUACAAGUGUGAGGUGUGUGGGCAAGGCUUCAAUCAGAGUUCUCGCCUUCAAGUCCAUCAGCUGAUACAUACUGGUGAGAAACCAUACAAAUGCGAAGAGUGUGGGAAAGGCUUCAGUCGCCGAGCAGAUCUUAAAAUUCAUUGUAGGAUCCACACGGGAGAGAAACCGUAUCACUGUGAGGAGUGUGGGAAGGGCUUCAGUCAGGCCUCACACCUCCUAACUCACCAGAGGACCCACAGUGGAGAAAAACCCUUCAGAUGUCAAGAAUGCGGGAAGAACUUCAGUCGAAGUUCACACCUCGAAGCCCAUCAAAAAGUGCAUAAGGGAGAAAAGCCAUACAAGUGUGAAGUGUGUGGGAAGGGCUUCAAGUGGAACUUGAAUCUUGACAUGCACCAGAGGGUCCACACAGGAGAGAAACCAUACAAGUGUGAGGAGUGUGCUAAGUACUUCAGUCAGGCCUCGAGCCUUCAGCUUCAUCAGAUUGUUCACACGGGAGAGAAACCGUACAAAUGUGAGACAUGCAAUAAAGUCUUCAGUCGGUCCUCCCAACUUCAGUAUCAUCAGCGAGUUCACACGGGCGAGAAGCCGUACAGAUGUGAGGUGUGUGGUAAAAACUUCAGUUGGAGAUCCAAUCUUGUAAAUCAUCACAAAACCCAUGCUAGUAGUAAAAUUUCUGAAAGAGGUUACCUUGAUAAGGAUAAUAUCAGAGACUCCUCACAGGAAAGUAGUUCUAUGAAAUGAUCUAUUUUUAAAAAUAAUUUUCAUUUACAACCUGAAGUGUCAUCAUCAUGCCCCAGGAGAGAAUGUAUUUGCUUUGCUUCUGUGUUUCAAUCACAGGACCACAUGCCCAGUAAUCUAAACAACACACCAGAGAACCCUAGUAAGUGGUGCAUUAAGGGCUUCAGUCAGAAUCUUGGCAUUCGCCACAUAUCACAUAAUCGAUAAGCCUGGGAAAGAAUAAAUGUGAUCUGGCCUUUAACAAAUGAUGGGCAUGUCUGGCUUGAUAUUCACUGGAAAGUGUGUCCCCUGCGGGCCGAAACUCAACUACAGAAUGAUUCAACUUGUAGCAUUGGCUAGCACGUUGUGAGGCUGCUCAAUACUCGUUUGUAAAGUGGAUCGAGAGAAAUAGGGUACUUGAACAUUUUUAUCCAGAAGUCAAAACUUAGAAAAAUGAAUAUUCAAAGAAAUAUUAAGAAUGUAAAUCAGAACUGCAGUCUGCCAUUUUAAUAGGCCAGUCAGUAACCUAUUGCAAUUGACUCCUGCCCACCCAACAGCCUCUUUUCCCAACUUGGCUUUCAUUAUUGUUAAGGGCUCUGUCUACUGUUCUGUAUUUGUAUACAGUAAGUAUCACAUUCUCUUAUCAUUUCUUGGUUGUUUUUUUUAAUCCCUGACAGUACAGGUUGAAAAUGUUUAUUAACUUGGCAACUAAUUACUGCAUAUUAAGUAUAUGAGUAGGUUAUCAGUCGUCUUAAGGCAGGGAUUUGCCAUAACCCUUGGAAAAGAUCAAAAAUAGUUACCAAUAAAAUAGUUUAAUCAACUUUGAGUUGAUCAUUAUUAUCUGUAGUUUUUCUGCAUUUCAAUCCAGCCUUUGAUGUGGUGGCUGUAUUAUACUGGGUUCUCUAGAGACACAAAACCAGGACACUUAGAAAUGUAUGUGAGUAGAGAAGUUUAUAUUGUGAAAGGGAAUUAUAACAGGAAAGCAGCCCACACAACGGCAGAUAGCCUGGCUCAGAUUUGUGGGUCAGUUAACAUGCUGAAGAUCUUUCCAACUCACAGGGCUUCCAAGCCCAGGGACCAAAGAAGCAGGUGGUUGGAGGUUGGGGGACGUGUGGUGAAACAUAGAGGCUGCUAGUGCCGCUUAGCUAAGCAGGCCACAUUAGGACCCUGUGGUGUGGCAGUACAAGGCAGCUGGUCCGAGUGGAGCAACCAGAUGAGUGUUUCAGGUUGCGCACUGGUCCCAGCGAAAAGGAGUGGCCAGGCCUCCACAGCAUCUUAUAUCUAGGCCACACCUCCGUGCAACUCACUAGGCUGCAACCAGCUUGAUGGGCUAGACUCCACCCAUCUCUUCUUCCAGAUGCCAUGCUGACCCCAAAAUCCUAAUCACAGUUGCCUUCUAAUUACUGUGCAAUGAAUAUUUUUAAACUGAAAUGUUCUCAGGUAGGGACUGUCUCUUAUUUGAAGGACAUCAAAUUUCCUACACCCAAAACAAAUCCCCCCAAAUGAAAAAUUUGAUAAGUGUAUCAAAAGGAUUGCUGGGAUGAAACGGAUGUUUUUCUCUGCAGAAUGCAUGGUUUGGGGGAAAGGGUUUUGGGGUUUUUUAAAUCAUUUUAUUGGAGGCUUGUACAACUCUUAUCACCAUCCAUCCAUUGUGUCAAGCACAUUUGUACAUUUGUUGCCAUCAUCAUUCUCAGAACAUUUGCUUUCUACUUGAGCCCUUGUAUCAACUCAUUUGUUUCCCGCCUGCCCCCAUGAACCUCUAAUAAUUUGUAAAUUAUUAUUUUGUUAUGUCUUACAAAAGGGUUUGUUAUAAGAUGUAUAGGAUGCUUUUUAAAAUUUGAGAAUUGUGAUUAUGAGAUUAAAAUACACCCCUCCCCCCCAAAAAAGACUACCAAUAUCAGUGUCACUGAAGUUUUUUGAAUGGAAGUAACAAGUGUUCACUUAGAGGAAUUUUAGUUUCUAUAUUUGUAAUAGCAAGAAGGCAUUAAAAAGAUGGUAUCGAGAGAAAUACAGCAUCAGACUGCAUCUGACUUUUGGGGAAAUGGGUUUUAUACUCAUAAAUAUGUGUAUACGUAUGUACCCAUGCUUAAGCGUAUGUGUCAGAGGGUCGUGACAAUUCGUGACUUUCUCUGGUUCUAAGAAAAUGUUUUAGCAUUUAAAAUUUUUUUCAGUUAGUAUUAACAUUACCCAAUCAAUAAAGCAUGUAUAAUAGUA